CCGAUUGGUUUAUCGCGUUAGUGGUUUGAAGCAAUAGCUUUUAGAAUUUUUGAGCGAAUGCGGUUUGCGUGGGUAUCAUACGCAAAGAUUGAUCUUUCAAUCUUGGGCAACAAUAUGGUGCGCAUUUAGGAGAAAGAAUUUUCAGUAAGUAUGUAUGCCACUCAAAGUCUUUCGUUCAAAACAACAAAAAGAGGUUUUCCAACUUUCCGCCUCUUUCUUUUUGGAGUCGUCGUUUUCCUUGUCACGUGUUUUAGUUACUUUCUCUCCACCAAUCAAAAUUGGACGGAUAAAAAACGAAGAUUUGAAUUUAUUUACGAAGAGAACGGAUUUGGAAAACGAAGAUUCAACACUCCAAUAGAUGGUGAUGAGGCAGCAAAUUUUGAUGACGUGCUUCUGAAUUAUGACACAUUAAACAAAAUUCUAGCCAGUCUUCCGUACGUCUCAAGAAAAAAAUUCUUUAAAAAGAAGUUCGUCUUUAAGAACAGCACUCGGCGUGAAAAUUUCCAAAGCAGUAUAGAGCAUGAUCCAACGAUAGAUGAGAAUGCUGUACCACAGUCAUAUAAGUUUUUCCUGAAUAAACAACCAAGAGUAACCGAGUGUAACAGUGAAAAUCCAGUAAAAAACCUAGUGUUUUUGCGUUCACACCGAACUGGUAGUCAUACUAUAAGUAACAUUUUUUACCGUUAUGGCGAUCACAACAAUUUGUUUUUUGCUUUACCGAAUGCACCAACAUUUCAGUAUUAUUGGCCACUGCGGUUUCAUCAUUCUUAUAUUGCAAAAAACUUACUAAAUAAAGCUGCACCGAAUUUCAUGAUAAACGUUGCACGAAACAGUAAACACAAUAUCCACUCAGCUGUGGCGAAAAAUGCAGUCAAAAUUGCCGUUGUCCGAAAUCCUGUGACACAUUUUCAAUCCAUCUAUGAGUAUGUGGAUGUAUCGUUUUUCAUGCGCGACAUCAAUACCAACACAAGUCAGUUUAGCGACUUCGUACAAAAUCCAGCAAUGUACAUACGCAAGAUCAUGAACACCUCAAACAUGUUCGACCCAGUCUUCCAUUUGCUUAAAAAUGGUCAGUUGUUUGAUCUUGGAUACGAAGACGAUGAUUACAAAACAGAGUUACAACUCAAAUUCAUCGUUGACGAGUUAGAUGCACAACUCGAUAUGGUUUUACUCGAUGAAUACAUUGAUGAAUCACUCGUUCUUCUACAACGGCUUUUAUGUUGGCAACUCAGCGACAUGGUAUACAUCAAACAACGUGUACGAAAACAGCGCAACAACAUAACUAAAGUGGAUGGAGAUGCGAUUUUGAAAUGGAAUCAAGCUGAUUCGUAUAUGUAUAACUACUUUAAUAAAACACUGUGGGAGAGAAUCAACCAUCAAGAUGAAUCGUUUUGGGAAGAUGUAAAAGAAUUGAAAUAUUUGGUGAACAGCGUGAAGGAGGAGUGUCUGGAACCAAAUAGAGAUUUCUCCAGUACCACUUCGUUACCAAUCUCUUCGAGUGAUAAAUAUAAGGAGAAAGUGAUGUUUCGAAAUUCAUCUGAAGACACUACAGUGAAGAAUGCGUUCGAAGUUGUGAAUGUGUUGCAUCAACAAAUCCAAGUUGAAAUGGAACCUUUGUGUAAACGCUUGGUGUUAUCUGAGCGCGAUUAUAUAAAAAUAUUGAAAGACAAACAAAAGCAGAACAUCGCAGACGAACACAAAAGCAUGAUUUCAAGUAAAUAUAUCACGAACUCGACAGAAGGGAAUUUUUUUUACUCAGUUACAAAUAAAACUGCAAUUACUAACACAACGAAAGACAGUAUGAAUGAUGAACUUGGUGAAAAUGAAGAUGAAAAUGAAGAUGAACCAAAAGAAAUACUUUUUGGAGGGUAAUAUAUAAAAGAUCUUUCUUUGAUCUGAUGUUUUUUUAGUUUCAACUUUUAGAAUAAAAUUGCUCGGUAGCCGGUGA